GGCCCCGCGGCCCCGCGCGCACUACGCGUCCCACAAUGCUCCGCGGUCCCGCCCCGCUCCGCGGAGACCCCGCCGGGCGGAGCCGCGACCCCUACCCGGCGCCCGCGGCCUGGACUGCUCCGCCAUGCGGAGGGCGGAGCGCAGGGGCGCCGGGGGCUCGCGGCCCGGCUCCCCGCUGCCCGAGGGCCGCCGUAGCACCGAGUCCGAGGUCUACGACGACGGCACCAACACCUUCUUCUGGCGAGCCCACACCUUGACUGUGCUGUUCAUCCUCACCUGUGCACUGGGCUAUGUGACUCUUCUGGAGGAAACGCCUCAGGACACAGCCUACAACACCAAGAGAGGUAUUGUGGCCAGUAUUUUGGUUUUCUUAUGUUUUGGAGUCACACAAGCCAAAGACGGGCCAUUUUCCAGACCUCAUCCAGCCUACUGGCGGUUCUGGCUCUGCGUUAGUGUGGUCUAUGAGCUGUUUCUCAUCUUCAUCCUCUUCCAGACAGUCCAGGAUGGCCGGCAAUUUCUGAAGUAUGUUGACCCCAGGCUGGGAGUGCCCUUGCCAGAGAGGGACUACGGGGGGAACUGCCUCAUCUAUGACCCCGACAACAAGACCGACCCCUUCCACAACGUCUGGGACAAGCUGGACGGCUUCGUUCCUGCCCACUUUAUUGGCUGGUACCUGAAGACCCUCAUGAUCCGCGACUGGUGGAUGUGCAUGAUCAUCAGCGUGAUGUUCGAGUUCCUGGAGUACAGCCUGGAGCACCAGCUGCCCAACUUCAGCGAGUGCUGGUGGGACCACUGGAUCAUGGAUGUGCUUGUCUGUAACGGGCUGGGCAUCUACUGCGGUAUGAAGACCCUUGAGUGGCUGUCCCUGAAGACAUACAAGUGGCAGGGCCUCUGGAACAUUCCAACCUAUAAGGGCAAAAUGAAGAGGAUUGCCUUCCAGUUCACACCCUACAGCUGGGUCCGCUUCGAGUGGAAGCCUGCGUCCAGCCUGCGCCGCUGGCUGGCCGUGUGCGGCAUCAUCCUGGUGUUCCUGCUGGCAGAGCUGAACACCUUCUACUUGAAGUUCGUGCUGUGGCUGCCCCCUGAGCACUACCUGGUCCUGCUGCGGCUGGUCUUCUUCGUGAAUGUGGGUGGCGUGGCCAUGCGUGAGAUCUACGACUUCAUGGAUGACCUGAAGCCCCAUAAGAAGCUGGGCCAGCAGGCCUGGUUGGCAGCGGCCAUCACGGCCACCGAGCUGCUCAUCGUGGUGAAGUACGACCCGCACACCCUCACCCUGUCCCUGCCCUUCUACAUCUCCCAGUGCUGGACGCUCGGCUCCGUGCUGGUGCUCACCUGGACUGUCUGGCGCUUCUUCCUGCGAGACAUCACCUUGAGGUACAAGGAGACCCGGCGACAGAAGCAGCAGAACGACCAAGGCAGGGCUGUUGGCAACGGGGACGGGCACCCAGGGACCGACGAGGACCUGCCUGGAUCAGGAUCUGCCAAGGAGGGGGCCGCCGAGCAGGGGCUGCUGGCUGGGAAGGGGGGUGCCUCAGCCACCUCCUGAGCCCCCCGCCUGCCCACAGGCCGUGCCCCCGGGAAGGCGGGGUGAAGGGCCCAGGCGUUCCCAGGGUCCCCAAGGUUUGCUCUGGGCAGAGCCCCGCCCUUCCUCUCUGCCUGUCAGCAAGUGCUCUGGGCCCAGGUGCAUUUGUGCCCGGCUGCAUAACCAAGGACAGGCCACUUGGGGACCUGUGUCCAUUCACUGAAUAUGGGCAGGACUCCUGGCAGCCCAGGGGAUAGAGGGUCCACCUACACCAGACAACUGAGUGACAGAGGGGCAGCAGCACCAAGCGCUUCCCGACUCUCAGCUGGAUGUGACAGGGUCAGGGGUCGUGGGACAGGGUCAGGGGUCGUGGGACUGGCCCCUCGGGUGUCACGCGCCAGUCAGGGGCUCCACGGCCCCAGGCGCCUACGGGGUGUUGUCUCCUCGAGCAGCCAGAACAAAUAAAGUGACAUGGAGGUGACAGCCCCUGCCUCCUCCGUGCCCACCUGAGG